AAGCCUCGUUCCCAUGACAUUUCUAUCGUUCCAAUAUUUCGAUACGUAAAUGCGGUAAUUUUAUUUAUAUAUGUUGUUUGUUUUUAAAUUUUAGAAAAGUUACAUAGUCCUAGCAAUGGCAAACUCUUCUAAUCCAAAUGUGAAGUAUGAUUGGUAUCAAACCGAGACGCAUGUCAUUCUCAAUAUUCUUGUCAAGCAAGUUAAACCAGAAAAUGUUAGGAUAGACAUUGUGGAGUCCAAGCUUAGCUGUACAGCAAAACUUGCAGAUGAUUCUGAUUUUUCUCUUGUCUUGAAUUUAGCUCAUGAAGUUCAGCCUGAUCAAUUACGAUAUAAAGUAUUACCGUCAAAGAUUGAAAUUCGACUGAAAAAAGUAGAAGGUAUAAAAUGGGAAAAAUUAGAAGAUAGUAGCAUCAAAAAUGAAUCUAACUUAAAAACAGAAGAGGUGGUCAAAUUAUAUCCUUCUUCAAAACCUCAGAAAAAGGAUUGGGAUAAAAUUGCUGAUGAAAUCAGAAAGGAAGAAGCAAAUGAAAAGUUAGAAGGAGAAGCAGCUCUCAACCAGCUAUUUCAAAAAAUAUAUGCUGAUGGAACUGAUGAAACAAGAAAGGCAAUGAAUAAAUCAUUUUUUGAAUCCGGUGGUACAGUUCUUAGCACCAGCUGGAAUGAAGUCGGUAAUAAAAAAGUGGAAGUUAAGCCUCCUGAUGGUGUAGAAUAUAAAAAGUGGAAUUCGUAGAUCUGUGAAUGAGAGAUGCCAGUAUUUUUGCCUGUAAUGUGUUUGUAUUGUCAAAGCGCAAAUAAAUUUGGAAUGUUGUGAUGUUUUUUACAUUUUCAUUUCAGAAGUUAGCUUAUGUGAAAAAUAAUAACAUUUUAAGAAAUAUCUUUUGUUACUGUAACAGUGUAUUGUGAAUUAUUUGCAUGUUAAUUGACUUAUCCCACUAUCAUUAAUUGACUAUUUUAAAAUUCGUACCUGUAAAUAUUCUGAAUAUAAUUCCCUACAUAAUUUAUCUUUUAAAUGUGUGAGAUUUAAUGUAACAUGGUGGAAGAUGAUUCUAUAUUUGUUCUCAGUGUUAAUAUUCAUUGUUAGUUAUAUAUAAAAGCAGAUCUUGCAUUUCAUACCUUCCUAAGAGAAGGUUUGUCAUAGACAACAUUUAAAAAUAAAUUUUCUUUUUUGUAAGGAUCAAUAGAGUAAAAACUUUGAUGAGAACUUUUAAAUUGCUAACUACAUUAUCUUACGACAUAAAGUGCAUAAGUGUGGAAAACGAAUUACUGUUAUUUGUAUAAAUAAAGCACAAUAAAAAAUUUGAAAUGGAAAUUA